AUGAAGCUGCCACAUCUCUUGCCAGUAUUGGUUCUCACGACGCUGUCUCUAGCACAAGAUGCAAAUGACGUGCAGAUUCCUGCAUGUGCGGUUCCAUGCAGCCUCAAGGCCCUGGCCAACUCGGCCUGCGGCAAGCAGCCACAGAACCUCAUGCGCCAGUGCAUGUGCACCGACACCGACUUCAUGGUCCAGUCGACAGCCUGCGUCAAAGCCAACUGCACCGUCAAGGAAGGACUGGUGGCCCUGCGAGCAAGCAAGCUGACGUGCGGCGUGACCCCGCGCGACGAGCGCUGGUACUACCGCAUCAUAGUCUUGGUUUUCUCGCCCAUCGCCUGCCUGCUCGCCGGCAUCCGCCUGCUGUCUAAAGGCGUCGUCAUGGGCUGGCACCAAAUGGGACUCGACGACCUCUGCAUAAGCAUAGUAAUCAUCACCGGCAUUAUACCCGCCACGCUCGUCACUCUAUACGGCACCAUCCCCUCCGGCCUCGGCGUCGACAUUUGGGCCGUUCCCGUCGACAAUAUAUACCAGUUUCUGAAAUUUCAUUUCAUCGUUACCAUCAUAUUUUUCUUCCAGGUCGGCAUGCUUAAAUUAUCCAUUCUUUUUUUUCUUAUUCGCAUUUUCCUCAACAGGACCGUCAAAUACCUUUUAUGGGCCACCGUUGCCGCCGUCAGCCUGUUCACCACCAUAACCGUGCUCACGAUGGGUUUGCAAUGCUACCCGAAGCCCGAGGCCUUUUGGAUGUCCUGGGACGGCUCGCCCGAAUAUCAAGGACAAUGCAAAGUGCAAAUUACGGCUCUCAGUUUGUCCAAUGCUUCGUUCAGCGUCAUCGUGGACAUAUGGAUGCUGGCCAUUCCUUUGUGGGAGUUGAGAAAACUGCAGUUGCAGACGAAAAAAAAGUUGAGUGUCGCAGUCAUGUUUGCCAUUGGCAUACUCUCCACCAUCAUCAGCUGCUACCGAAUCAACAUCCUUUCCCACGGCCGAAGUAACCACGACAACUUUACCUACACCGAGCUCCCCAUAUCCCUCUGGUCCGUCGUCGAGUUGAUGGUCGGCGUCAUCUGCGCCUGCAUGCCGGCCUUGCGCCUGGUGUCGGUCAAAAUCUUCCACAAGGUGUCCCGCACCAUCUCCAAGUCUGCGAGCCGGUCCUCCAAGUCGCAGGCGCCCAUCCCGGCCCGCGACAAGAUGGCCGCAUGCUACCGUGACCCGGAGGAGGGGCUGGGCGUCGUGCCGCUGCCCAUGCAGAACCUGUAUCCCAGCAUGGCGGCCGCCUACCGACUCCAGGGCGAGCUCUCGAAACCGCCAUUGACCGCACCCAAAAACGUCGUCACGAGGGACGAGGUGCUCUUGGUCCGCACGAAGCCCCGGGACGGCUUCGAGGGUGCCGAGGGCGCGUCGAGGGACUUGGACGAUGACCAGGUGAGCCUGGUCAAUCUGGGGGGCACUAAGCACGCGAAGAUGUUCGGGCGGCCGAGAACGGGUUCCACGUCCACCGGCAACGUUUUACCAAAGCGCAGGGAGUGA